AUGAAGCGUACCGCUGUCGCGAACACUCUGCAGAGGAACGGCUGCCCGAACGCCCCCGAGAGCCUGAGCACCAAUGCCUACCUUAGCCCCUCCCUGAUCUCUGCUUCACCGGAGCGUCUUCAGCAGGUCACUGCUCUCCGCUGGCUGAACGCUUUUGUCGACACCGAAAGUCUCAGUCUCCUGCCUCUCGUUGCAGACAUCUUGAGCGCCACCCUGCCCUGCUUAAUCGACGACCGCACUGACUGCUCCGCCCUGGAGAUUGCUAUACGAAUAAAUGAAAAACUAAUGAAGGCAGUUUUAUGCGCAGAAGAGGCGGGCCCUCAUUCUUCUGCGUCCAACUCACCUACUCCGUCUGCAGACACGUCAGAUCCGAAACCGACUGGCGAGUUGGAUGUGUCGGCCGUCCUCCGCGUGACUUACGUCAUGUUCGAACACGCUUCCGUCCUCACUCGACUGUCUGCCUUGCGUUGGGUUGAGGUGCUCGUUGACGUGUUUCCCAACAGCGUCUUUGACGACUCUGCGCAGUUGUUACCGCUAUUGCUGAGAUUCCUCUCCGACCCUGCACCAGAGGCAUGUUGCUCUCCGUACUUCUUCGAAACCUCACUCCACAACUGGAGAGUUAAUGCUGACCCAUCUUCCAUUCCUUAUUACUUCAAGUAG